CAUGACGGCCCGGCAGCACCUCUUCAGGGUGUCUCCCACACGCAGGAUAUAAAACACGGGGCGGGGAAGGAAGGGCCCCAAACCUUGCACUCCGCAUUCCUCAGCACAGCCAUAUCCCGGUCUUGGAUCCAAAGCUCCUCCAACCGACGGCCCGCGACGGGGAACUUGUUGCCGACAGACCGAACUGACCGGAUCCAGGAAGGAUGGGGAGCAGAUGCUGCAGGAAGAGAAAGGACAGUCAAGAGCUGACCAACGUUGAGCGGGCCAUUGAGAUCGUCAUCAACAACUUCCACUGCUACGCCGUGAAGGGACGCAAGGAAUGCCUGACCCCCAACGAGCUCAAAGAACUGGUGGCCCAGAGGCUUCCCCACUUUGCUAAGGGCGCCGGGAAUUUGGACGAGAAGAUCGAGUGCCUUGGGGACAACGACGAGGCCAAGCUGCAGUUUGGGGAAUACUGGCACAUCAUGGGGGAUGCGGCAAGGGGGUACCGGUUCCCCCAAGGCAGGAAAUAAGGGCCAGAUCGGAACCGCAAGCCUUCGGACCAUUGAGACCCAAAGAACUAGAGACUAUCCACCAUUAUGUCAAUCCAGUGUUAAAAGGGGGGUUCUCCCCUACCCCCUGUUUUCUCUGGUUCUGGAGUAUUCCAAUCUAGAGCCAAUCUCCAUUCUUCCUGUCGAGAACCUUCCCAUAUCUGGUCCUGGCCUUUCUGGAUCCCUAAACCAAUCUAGAACAGUGUGAUGACACCCCCAUAAUUGUGGCAUUCAGGGUUCCAGGCUAUUCAACUCUAGAACCCACAGUUGGUCUAUGCUUUAGCUCCAGAACAAUAAUCCAUGGUUCUAGAACCCACAUUUGUAGAACCUUUAACAUUUUUGAAACUUUGGUUCUCGAUCCAUAUAUAUAUAUAGGAGGCCUCCAGCUCUAGAUUCUCUCAAAUAUGACCUCUCUCUUUUUUUUAUCUCGUUCUGCUACCUGGAGGCAUCAGGCUCUGGGGAUGUUAAUGCCUAUGUAUAUUUAAUGUAAACCAUAAACAUUGAUCAAAACCGUU